AUUCAGUUUCUCAACGUAGCUGUACACACACACUCUGUUCUCCCUGCAAGAGGACAAGAUCUGUUAGAAUGGACUGGCGUCUGCCUAUUUUGACCUACGUGGUCGCUGUCUCGAUUCAGUCUCAUGGCUUCAACAUUGAAACGGAGAACAGCAAAGUAAUCAAGGAGAAUGCAGAGUGGUUCGGACACAAAGUCUUACAGCACUCCUCAGGAAUUAUUGUGAGCGCUCCCCUUGAGAAGAACAGAAAUCUCUUCAAAUGCAGCUAUGCCAGCGGCUCCUGUUCUCUGAUUAAUAUUGACGGAAUAUCUCCAACAGAGAAUUCGGGAAUGGGGAUGUCAAUGACAAUUAGCCAAACAUCGAACCAGCUUUAGGCUUGCGCCCCACACUUCGCGCACCCUUGUGGUAAAAACAUGUAUGUCAACGGGGUGUGCUACAAAUUCGAAGACGGUUCCCUCACCCCCACCUCGCAGAACAUCACCCCAGGAUACCAAGAAUGCACUUCCAAGGGGAUCGACAUCGUGUUCCUGAUCGACGGCUCAGGAAGUAUCAGAAACACUGAUUUUAUAACAAUGAAAAACUUCAUGGUGACAAUUAUCAACAACUUCAAAAACAAAAACACCAACUUUGCUGUGGUCCAGUUUUCUCAGUUGGUCAAGCUGGAAUUUGACUUCAACCAGUAUCUUUCAGCUGCUAAUCAAGAGAUGUCUAUAAAGUCUAUACGUCAAUUAGGGGGAGGAACCCCAACUCCAUCUGGGAUCAAAUAUGUAGCUGACAAUGUCUUUGUGGCCAGCGCUGGUACAAGGAGUGACGCAACCCGAAUACUGCUCACCAUUACUGACGGCGAAUCAAAUGACAAGACAACAUCUUUCCGUGAAGCCAUAUUGGCAGCCAACAAAAAGAACAUUAUCCGCUAUGCGAUUGGGGUGGGCAGAGCCUUUGACAAGGAUGCUGCCCAUGCAGAGCUAAAAACCAUCGCCUCCUCCAAUGACCUGGUCUUCAAAGUUGGCAACUUUGAUGCUUUGAAUGGGAUUCAGAACCAGCUGGAAGAGAAAAUCUUUGCCAUCGAGGGUACACAGAAGGACUUGUCAGUGAGUUCUUUCCAGCAGGAGAUGUCCCAGGGGGGGUUCAGCACUCUCUUCAACUCUGAUGGAAGAGCUGUUUUUGGAGCAGUCGGCGCGUUUGAUUGGUCAGGCGGGUUUUUCAGCGAAGGAGGGGCGGAUCUUCAGUUUUUUAAUAUGUCUAUCAAGAACAGAGACAUGAAAGAUUCGUACAUGGGGUACACGAUGGAGUUGUAUGUAGUUAGCCGCAGUCUGGGACUCUAUAUCGUGGGAGCCCCACGCUACCAGCACAGAGGAAGGAUCGUUGUCUUUGUGGAACGGGCUUCAAAUCACAAACAGAUUAUUGAGGGAACACAGGUCGGUUCGUAUUUCGGAUCUGUGCUUUGCUCCGUCGAUUUCAAUAAAGACGACGCUAGCGAUGUCUUGCUGGUUGGCGCCCCGAUGUAUCACAGCCCAAAUCGCGGUGGUCUUGUGCUCAUGUACACCUUCGACACCGCAAAAAAGCAGUUUGUUCUGGCUGGUCAGUUGAAAGGGAUCAACGGACAGCCCUAUUCCAGAUUCGGGGCGUCGAUCUCGGAAGUGGCUGAUCUCAAUGGAGACAAAUUCAUGGACCUAGCUGUGGGGGCCCCGUUGGAAAAUAACAACCAGGGCAGCGUUUACAUCUUUAAUGGGGGCACCAGCUUGCCGAUCACCUUCAGUCAGAGAAUCGAAGCUGCUCAGAUCUCCAGCGGGCUGCAGUAUUUUGGUCACUCACUCCACGGGGUGAUGGACAUGAGUGGAGACAGUCUCCCCGACCUUGUUGUGGGGUCCCUCGGCAGCGUCCUGGUUCUCAGGUCCAGACCUGUGGUUCUUGUUGAAACCAAAAUUACUUACACACCAGAUAUCAUUAAGAUGGAUAACAUUGACUGCAGCAUCUCAAGGCAAAUCAAACUCACAGUGUGCUUUACAAUGAAAAAAACAACAAGUGACCAGCUAGGCAUUGGAUCUUCUUUGAUCACCUACAACUUAGUUCUGGAUUCAGUGAGGACGCAAUUUAGAGCAUACUUCAAAUCCAAGGAACGAAAUCUUACUGAAACAAUCAACACCAACAGCAAUUUCAAAUGCAGGAAUCACACCAUGACUAUUCCUGAGUGUCCCGAGGAUUCUUUGAACAGCAUCGGAAACGAAGUGAAUUUUCAUUUCAGUGGUUUGCCUCUUAGCCGUUCCAAUGGAUUGAAACCCAUCUUGGACCCGGACAGUUUGACAAAACUCUUCUUUCCGCUGAAUUUUGAAAGAAACUGCGGGACAGACAACAAAUGCAUCGACCACCUGAAGCUUUCAUUCAAUUUCUCAGGGGCUCAUGAGCUGCAGGUGGGAAUAUCUCCAGUGCUCAACCUCACUGUGUCCAUCGAAAAUGUGGAAGAGGAUUCGUACAACACUGUGGUUCAAUUCACCUUCCCCUCGGGGCUGUCCUAUCGACGUGUCUCCCUGCUACAGCCUGACAGGAGAGUGACAGUGAGCUGUGAAGCAACUCCAGGAAAAGAAGGAGAAACGACAAGGAUGAGUUCCUGUUCGAUAAACAAACCCAUCUUCAAACAGGGAGCCAAGGCUGUUUUUGUUGCCACAUUUGAUGUUGACGCAGCGAGCCAGCUGAACACAACUAUGAAAAUAUCUGCCAAGGCAACCAGUGAGAAUGACGAGCACAUCACCAAAGACAGCGUCCACAGUGAAGAAAUACCUGUCAAAUUUGCCGUCAACAUUCAAGUCAGAAAGGUAGAGGACUCUACAAACUACGUCAAUUUCUCAGUGGGAAAAAACGACAUGAAGAAAUUUGUGGAGCAUCGCUUUGAGGUGGAGAAUUUCGGCUUGAGAGAAAUCCCAGUGACGGUGACGAUCAAAAUCCCAGUUGAACUGGGAGGAAAACCGAUCUGGAGUGAUCAGAACACGCUGAAGAUUCCUCAUUGCACUGUCUCAGAGGAGAGACCUGACUCUAAUGUGGACUUCAUAGCGAGCUUUAAAAAAGACCAAACUUUGGACUGCAGUGUAGCGAAGUGUAGGGUGUUCACCUGUCAGAUUGCCAAACUGGAAACCAGGAAGAAAGUUUCAUUCAACGUCAGUGGAGAAGUGAAAUCAGACUGGAUCGAACAGAGUCAGCAGAGGAGAGUGAAUCUGCUCAGCGUUGCCUCGCUGGGAUACGAUCAGAGCCAGUUCAUCCACAUCUUCACCAAGUCAGAGAAGAGCUACACCCAGACCACAGCUGUCACCCGUAUUGAGCUCUACGAGGAGUAUAACAUCCUCCCCGUGGUGAUCGGGAGCAGCGUGGGGGGGCUGGUGCUGCUGGCACUCAUCACGGCGGGGCUAUCCCAGGCUGGUUUCUUCAAGAGGCAGUACAAGGAUCUCAUGAAAGAGGGCAAAGAUGAUGGAGGGGUCAAGGGAGAGGAGGAGGGGGCCCCUACUACACCCGUGGAAUGAGUGGAGGAGUCUGAAA